CUAUAAUGCAGCAUUCUUUUGGUAAGGGCGCAGUCAGUAGCACCUCUGUCCUUUACAUUUUUUACGUUUUGUUAAAGCAGAGGGGAAGAGAAGUUCUCCUGAGCUGGGCGAAGGUUGUGCGUUAACAUGGAUGGAAAGCUCGGUGUCACGCUAGGACGAAGCGUCUUCAGAUUUUCACAUCAGCUAAGAGUGCAAGGGUCAAAAUUCACUGAGGACCUUAGUUCAUUCUUCUCUAAUUUUUCAAGUUUUAGCUCUGAAUGUCUCACCAGUACAUCCCAUAAUACGACGCGAGAUCCUGGUUAAUCGACGAACCUGCGUGAUUGUUUUGGAUCAUCCCAGUGAAGCGGUGAUGGACGGGAAAGGAAAAGCAACAAGUGAAUCUCAAUAAGACGUGUCCCUUUGCGUACUCAUUUUCCAUGUGUCAUUCAUCGAACGGACUGCCUGCAGACAAUCAGAAGAAGGAACAUGACAAGAAACAGGUCAUCUUCCAGCGGGCCUCCGGAACCACACUGUCACAUGACACGAGAGGCCAGAGUUUUGAUAAAAAACCCCCAGAAAGACCGACAUAACUGAUGAAAGCCGUCCAGAAAAUGCAGAUAACGAACAACAAGAAGAAUGUAUCUCACAACGUCGCGGAAUUAUUUGUAACAAAGUCGUUAUGCAUUUAAACAUAAUGACAAAAUUCGUCAUCCCAAACAUAUUGGGUCAGCGACCGUAAAAGACCUACUUGUACAGUGAAAUGGAUUAGCCUACAGAACGGGAAAAAAGGGGACGAGAAACAUCCCACCAUCCUCAAUCAAGACAGUACAGUGGUUCUUCCUGCAAACUACAGGAGAUAACUGAAAGAAUCAACAAGUUUACUGUUACUGUAUUACCAACCCAUUUUCUUGGAUGACAAAAUUAAAGCAAACGCCACGAAGAGGAGCGCGGCUUCAUGCGCAGGAGCGACAAGAAAUCCCAGCUGGGAUUCACUGCCUCAGAAAGAGCACGUACUGCUUUAUACAAGUCACCAGCUAGAGCUUGAGAAGUUCCACUUCAGCAGAGUUGUGCAGGCGGAGACCUGUGGAAAUUGCCAGUUUAAUCAAACUUGACUAUACUGAGAAGAAAAUACAAAUCUGGUUUCAGAACCGAAGGAUGAGACAAAAUAGACUGUUGGUUGAAAAGAAUUUCUCUCUUAGCUGGACCAUCUCUGCUCAACAACUCACCACCCUCACCACCACCGUCCUUGAGUGUAGCUUCAAUAGAUGUAUUUAUCUAUGGUGCCUCAGGUGAAACGCAUGACAAGAGAAGCAGGCUAUAUCUGGGUAUGCCAAUCAAGUUGGCUAUACAUUAAUGGCAUUCUCUGUCUCUUUACAUAAAACUAUUCUGUUCCCAGAGCGUAGCCAAUAAUAAAGUAGGCUACCCCUUUUUAAAUAAUUAAAUGCCACUUUUAUGUUAUAUUUCCAAAACGAAUGUUUAAAGGUAAAUUAGCAUUAUAGUAAUUUUCUUGAUUGAUUUAAUAACGUUACUUUUAAUAAAUCAGUCAAAUUAUUGUGUGAACAUAAAUAUUCCCAUGAAUUGGACAUUUUGCGUGUUGUAGCGCAUUUAUUUAGCUAUUGCUUCUCGCGAUGUUAAUUUGAAAUGAUCGAAUCAGUUUAUCUCUGACAACUUAGAGUUCUUAUUAAUCAUUUUCUGUAGGUUAUCGAAUGGAGUAGCCUGUGUCACCUGUAUUAAAAAAAAUAUAUAUGGUUUUAGAUUUAUCUAAAAAGUCGAAUUAGUCUAGGGAUCAAAACACGUUUUCUAAACUCCCUCUGUGUAGGAGCAAAAUAUUUUAGCGUCCAACAAACUUAGCCUAUUUUAAUGGAAUAUUAUAUCUAAGCACUAUCUUAAAAAGCAGGGUGGCCAACUAGGCUAUAUCUCGAAAGAGAGAUAAGCUUAUGCUAACAACACCAGUCUCAGUAGGCCAUUGAUGUAUGGGGGUUCUUUAAUUCCAGUUAAAUUAGGAACUUAGAUUUGGUAAAAUAGCACAAGAAACUCUCUAGAGAAAAAAAAUACGUAAAAAACCGACCAGUCUAUUUUAAGUAAAUGGUGAAAGUUAUUGUGUAUGAUGAAUUUUUAGGGCCUGUUUAUUUAUAGCUUACAACUCCAGUUGUCCUUUGCUAUUGAACUGCAGUGCUUGCUUUAAUUCACAUUAGACCUACAUUGCGAGUUUAUCAGACUGAUGGCUGGAUUCGAUUGAUGUGUUUGUCAUGUAAGUUAUUGUGUAUGAUGAAUUUUUAGGGCCUGUUUAUUUAUAGCUUACAACUCCAGUUGUCCUUUGCUAUUGAACUGCAGUGCUUGCUUUAAUUCACAUUAGACCUACAUUGCGAGUUUAUCAGACUGAUGGCUGGAUUCGAUUGAUGUGUUUGUCAUGUAAAUACGAAUCGUUUGAUGGACACCUGCAACGCCCAGAGUGCUACCGCAGGUCGCCCACUAUUGGUGCAAAAUUAGUCACAUGAUCUGUCACUAAACUGAUAUGAGCUCGGAUAGAACUUUGUGUGGUUUGACAUAGUGCUUAGAGGUUGUAGGGGCACUGGGACCACACAUCAGCCUAUAUUGACCCUGCUUAAUCAAUUUUGCCUGGUCAGUCAACAAUGAAUUCCUACUUAGAUUAUACGAUUUAUAACCGUGGUGCUAACACUUAUAGUUCGAAGGUUGGGUGUUUUCCUAUGGAACAGGAAUACUUGCCAAGUCCUUGUACAAGUAGUACAAAUAGUUACAUUCCCGAGGGACGGCCAGUCGGAGGGAACACUUUUACACCGGCAACGCACGAAACUCACGGUACAGCUUAUGCACAACUUCAUUCGCAGCAAUACCACAUCAACGUGGAUAUGGGGAAAACUGGACAAACCAAUUUUGGCAAGCAAACCCGACCUCCUCACUCGGACUAUGGACAUCAACACGUUCUCACUCAAGCAGAUGACCACAUGCGUCUUCAGUCCCCUGCUUUUUCUGUCGUGAACAUGGGAGCCAACAUUGGAACAUACAGUGACUCUAACUGCAGGCCUGGCUCGGUCUCUGCAAGCCACUAUCAGUCCUAUCCCUAUGGAGAACAUGAACCACCACACGGCUAUGGUUCGUUCAGCAAGUACCACAUCUCCCCUGACAGUGACAGCGACUCCAAGACGAACAUCAAACAAGCGCCAACGUUUGACUGGAUGAAAGUCAAGAGAAAUCCCCCUAAAACAGUUAAAGUCGACGAAUAUGGGAUCCACGGCCAGCAGAAUAUAAUACGCACUAAUUUCACCACCAAGCAGCUCACCGAACUUGAGAAGGAGUUCCACUUCAGCAAGUACCUGACCAGAGCACGCAGGGUAGAAGUGGCCGCCACCCUCGAACUGAACGAAACGCAGGUUAAAAUUUGGUUUCAGAAUCGCAGAAUGAAACAGAAGAAGCGCGAGAAGGAAGGAACGGCGCCGGUAAUUAAGCGUGCGACUCUUUGCUCUUCUGGUCAAAGCGCAGAGAACUCAAACAGCUCAUCCCCGAGUGCUUCGCCUGCCUCAGACUCUUCCACUGCUGUUUGAUGAUUACCUGCCUUUGUGGCAAACGAACUGAUGUUUUAUCAUUGUGCUGUGGAGAACUAUUUAACUUAUUCUGCUUUCUUAGAUAAAGCAUUAAAUAUGUGCUAGUGUAUGCAUGCGUGUUUUAUAUAUAGCGCAAAAUAAAGAAUUUUGCUGCAUUAGAGCUACUGAAUUCGUGGUGCAAAAUGCAUUAACAGGGUAUAUGUCCAAAGCAAGAGGUUGGAAGUUUUUGUUUUUUUUGUUGUCUUUUUCUUUUUGUCAUCAGGUUGAUAUCUUUUUUUUUGCACUAUACCGAUUCAUUCCUCUUUUGAAAGAGUAAAAAAAAAAGACUUGUAAAGACUGACAUGUUUAUGUAUUUAGAAAAUCUGUCCUCUGAAGUUAUGAUAAAUAAAUACAUUUUAUUUUUUCUGAAACAUGUUUGGGGGUUUAAUCCGAUUUGAAUCAAUUUAUUGAUUUUCUUUUAAUUAAAAGGCUCUUCAUGAUGUUGGCAUGAUUGUGUCCUUUGUCAGAAGAUGUUGCAAUACAAUGAAGCUCAUUUAAA